CCGAAGUUGUCGCGGCCGCGCUGUAAGUGAACGGGAUGUGGCCGGUGCCCGAGAUGUUUUAAUAACAGGAGUUCUGUGUCCAAGGCAAGUGGAGAGGAGAUUGUGGGUGGACUGUCAGAAGCAGAAACAUCUCCAGCGUAAAGUGAACACUGUUCAACAAAUACACACCAAAAUGCCUCAAAACAACAUUGGCAUGGAGCAAGCAGCUCAGGUAACACAUCAAGGCUCCCCACACAAAGCUGGUCAUAUAGCUGGCAUUUUUGAGAAAGAUGGUGAAUUUACCUUGGAGCGGAAAAAAAAGAGGAAAAAGGAGCCAAGGCCAGAGUCAAUUAUAAUCUACCGCACUGGGAGCGAGAAAAUUGAGGAAGACCAGCAAGAUUCAGAUACCACAGCCAAGAACACUGAAGAAGGGACAAACUUUCUGUGUCCUCCAGUUGCAGAAGGUGGCUGGAGCUUGCCUGCUGACAGCAGAUAUGUGACACUAACUGGCACAAUCACCCGGGGGAAGAAGAAGGGACAGAUGGUGGAUAUCCAUGUGACACUAACAGAGAAGGAGCUCCAGGAACUAGCCAAGUCCAAGGAGACCCCACAGCCAGAGGAAGAAAGGAAGAAACAGCCAUGUGAUGUUGGACUAUACUGGGGUCCUCAUGUUGUGUUCUGGAGCCUGCUAUGUUCUCCAGUGGUCUUCCUGUUGUCUUUUGUCAUGUCCUUUUACUAUGGAACCAUCACCUGGUAUAACAUUUUCUUGGUUUACAAUGAAGAACGCACCUUUUGGCAUAAGAUUACAAUUUGCCCCUUUCUAAUUGUUUUUUAUCCAGUUCUAAUUGUGGCAGUGUCAUUGUCCAUCAGUGUAUACACAGCCAUAACACAAAUUUCCUGGUCAUUUGCUGAGUGGUGGCUGGCAGUGCGGGACUUGGAGAAGGGCUUCUGUGGCUGGCUGUCUGGAAAACUUGGACUGGAGGAUUGCUCCCCGUAUAGCGUUGUAGAGCUACUUGAGUCUGACAAUGUUUCAGGUAGCUUGUCAGGGAAACCAGCACCAGCAGGAGAGCAAACUUCUGCUGUUUAGCCGGUGCUUAAAGAAGGAAGCUUCCUCAUGAAGCUGCUGAAGAUUAUGAGAAGAAACAAAAUGAAUGCAGAAUAUUCCCUUCAAUUCAGACUUUGCUUGGAAUUACUUUUAGAUUACAUGCAUGUGACUAAUUUGAACUAUUUAUACAUUUGCAAGACUCGUCUGAGUUAAAUCACAGUGAGCCUAAUACCCGAGUUGUCAUUUCCCUCUAAUAUGCAGUUCAAUGAAACAAACUAUCUCCCCUAGUCGGAACUGUGCCUUUCUUACAAAUAACCUUCACCAUGGAAGGAAGGUGUAAAUGAUGGUUUGGGGACAGAUUGAAAUUAUGGGCAUUGGACACUAUUUAUUUAUUUAUUUAUUUUAACAUUGAUAAUCUGAGUGCUUACCAUUUUUUUAAAUGUAGCUUAGAUAUCUUUUAGCACUCUCAAGUAAAACAUAAAUGAACAUUGUUUACUGUUUAAUUGAUAAAAGGCUUCAGUCAAUACUGCAAGUUAAGUAUACAGUGUUCGGUACAUGCUCUAAGACAAAUUUAAGGGAGAUUUAACAUCUGUUGCACUAUCAUUUUAUUUCACGUUGAUCUGGAUAUAUCAGCAGGAUGAAAAAUGGGCAUGUCCAGUGACAGAUUUUGUAUGGUUUCUGUAAAUAUAAUAAGGUAAAGAUUUGCAAUACCAUUCAUAUGCAACCUCAAAGCCUUGAACAUUCAAACUCUGGCACUGAGCAUUUUGGAUCAUUUUUAUACAUUAAAAGUAUCAUGUAUGUAUUAACUGUUAAUUAAUUUCAUUCAUGUCAUUGGAUAACAGAUCAUGGAGUUGUCACAAACCAGCAA